AUGUUCACUUGUUCGGCCUGUCUUCUACGGGCAUUCCAAUCCCUGAGUGUUGAUACUUCCACGUGUGCGAACCCUCGAUUCCCAGUCCGCGCAGCGGCCAUCUUUCGCCGCAACCAUGCCACUCUUCAAUCAGUGCAGCAAGGCCAUCAUCGGAGGCUCCUCACCAAAACCCUCCGGGCAGAAAAGCGAAUCAAAGGACCCUCAUGGAGAGCCGAGCCGGCUGUUGCCCGAGCGGCCUCCAGAGAUGCGGAGGCGAGGAGGAACAACCGGCUCCGUCUUAUGAAUAACCACGGCAAGACUGAAGUCCAGCAGAGUGCGAGACGGGAACUGCAAUAUUUGAGCGACCCGUUGAAACUUGCUCAGACGGUCGCCGACAAAUUGAGGGAUUCAAAAUUCGAUGCUGCUUUGAACCUGGUUCGCGAGAGUGACAAAGGGGUUGGCAUCUCCCGAGUUAACAUCGAUAAUACGGUCAGUUGGAACCAUCUUAUAGACUGGCUGAUGCAACAACGAAGACCAAAAGAUGCGUGGAAAAUCUACAAUGAGAUGAAAAAAAGAGGCCACAAGCCUGACGCACAUACCUACACAAUAAUGCUAAGAGGCUACCGAGAAAACUACAAGCAGACUGGUGUGGUCGAAGACGCAAUCAAGGUUUACAACUCGAUCGGAGCGGCGAACUCUGCGGUCAAACCCACGAUUAUUCACACCAAUGCUGUUCUCAAUGUUUGUGCUCGAGCACUCUUCAUUGAUUCCAUGUGGGUGAUUGCUGGGAAACUCCCUGAGCAGGGUCCCGGUGCCCCCGACCACAUCACAUUUACAACGAUAUUGAACACUAUUCACUCCGAAGUUCGACACCGUGCCGUGAAGUUGGGGGCAAGUUCACCAGACGGCGAUUAUGAUCCUCAGCCAAUCUUCGAGGAAGCCGUAAAUGAUGCUCGAAAGCUCUGGGUUGACAUUGUGUCCCGAUGGAGGAGGGGUCUCUUACAUCUCGAUGAACAACUAGUCUGUGCCAUGGGUAGAGUCCUCUUACUGUCGUCCGAACCCAAAGCUUAUGAGGACGUAGUGAACCUGGUCCAGCAAACCAUGGGCAUUCCGCGCUAUGCGGGCGAUGGUACCUCUGACAAGGAGAUUGAAGACCGGCGAAUGCUUACGGCUGGCGCGAUCGACGAACUUGAAGAGGUAGCGCCUUCGUCCACCGAUAUCACCCCAAGAACAGCCCAGUCUAUGCCAAUUGCCAACAUUGACUCUUCGAUCUACGCUGCGCCAGGGAAAAACACUCUCUCGAUGCUUUUGGAGGCUACUACUGCCCUCCGACAGAUUGGAGCUGGAAAGUACUACUGGCAACUGCUCACCUCACCAAAGGGCCCUUACAAGCUAGAAGCCGAUAGAGCUAACAUCAUUUCGUACAUGCGGCUCCUUCGUGUCUCUCGCGCAAGUCAGGCGACACUUGAUCUUUUGCUGCAACCUCGCCCCGCCGACGUUCAACAGCAGCUAAUGAGCCGAGGCACGUUCAUCAUUGCCAUGAGUACCUGUUACCGAGACAAGAAGAAUCCAAACGUCUUUUCUAUCGCGAAUCGCAUCAUUAAGUUGAUGGAGGAUAGCGUCGAAGCAAAGGCUUCCGAAGACGAGAACCAAGGCAUCUGGCUGAAGUUUGCACCUUCGGUGCUUGAGAAAUAUUUGCAGCUGGCCCUGGCUACCACGAAAGGACUUCAUGGUGAACCACUGGCGAAGACCAAGGAAGGUGACCUGGAUUUUGAGCGUGAUCCUUCCAAGAACAAUACAUUUGUGGCUUUGGAAAAGCUGAAACCCGAAGUCACCAACAUUAUGCGGCUCAUCAAAUCCCACGUAACCGAACUUGAACGGCUCCAAGAUGUGAAGGCUCGCACCAAGAGCGUCCAGACAUUGCUUGACAAACGCAGGAUCACGCCAUACAGCGUCAUGGAGAGCAUGGGCCCAAUGGUCGACUUUCUACGAACGGUCAUCGGCGCUUACGACAAGAUUUUACGGGUGAAUGAACGACUGGAGGAUGAUGGAAUGGGUCCCUUGGAUUCUUCUAUCAUUGAGGAGUGCUGGUCAAAGAAGCGAAGGCUCGCCGCAUUCCUGGGGAAAGUCGAGAGCAUGACUGACCAGAGUCCAACCGGGGGGACAGCGGCCAAGCCACCAAGCAGAACGUCUUCGGAAGACGAAGACGGUGAUGACGAUGGGAGUGUGGUUGAUGGUACCAGCAACCGACGUCUUGAUGACCACUACGGUCAGCGAGCGAGAACACUGAAAUCCAUCAAGGCGGCCAGAUCGAAAGUGGAGAAGAAGAGGGAGGAAAGGAAUCUCUCCAGAAUCCAGAAGCGUGAAUUGGCGAAGGAGGAGAGGAUCCGAGCACAAUUUCCGCAGAGUGUGUUGCGGCCGACCCAGGAUCGAGGGCCUCCACGAAAGAAGAAGUUCGAACUGAAAGGGAGUCAAAGGGAUGGUACUGAGGAGAAGAACUACAAAGGCUGGGGAAGCGGCUUUCAAGAUCUGGUAAAAAGCACUGGAAAAGGCGAUGUUGUUGACCUGGAGAGGUAA